UCCUAUAUAAUUAAUUCUAUGACCGCUACUGCCCGUUACUGCCACUCCCUUGCAUUAUAAAAGAGGCUGAAAAGGGUAGAUAUGUCAAAUUCAAAAGAAGUAUAAGUAUUAAGAAUGCAUGAUAUGAAUAAUUUUGGAGAAUAUAAUUUACAGAACAUUCUUUAAGGGUAUAUCAACUUCGGCUCCGCCCGAAGUUAGCUUUCCUUGUUUAAAUACUUUUUGGUUGGACUCAUAGCAAGUGGGGUGCCUCCUAAAUCAAUUGAUUAUUUUAAAGCCACUGCUUAUUCACACAGAAGGAAAGGCAACUGUUGCAUGCACCUAGUGAUUCAUUCAUAAAAUCUGGUCCUUACAGGCGCCUGCGCGUUGGACUACGCAUACGAAAUCACGAAAUCCCGAAGCCCGCUUUCACUCCACCAGGCCACUAGGCAUUUCGACUUUCCGCCAAAAUUAAAUCACAGUUGCCUCAGUACGUUUUCGCACGUUCAUAAGGGCGGUCGUGUUCCGUUGGCGGGAUGGAAUUCGGAAGUAGAAUGUAAAAAAAACUUAUGGAAAUCGUAGAGUUCCGUAACAGACAUCAGAAAUGUCUUCUAGGAUGUGUGUGGUGCUGGGGCUCUUGUAUUUUGCUAGUGUGUGCUCCGGCAGAAUGGAACCAGGAGAGGUACUCCUGGUCAUCGCCUGCCCUCCACUUCCUCGCCAAGCCAAAGAUGAGUGCUUCGCCUUGUCCGACAGCGUGCGGAAGCAGCAUCGGCAACUGGAACGAGCGGAGAUCUUCCCCGGGGACUAUGUCUUAAAGGUCCAUGUGAUGCAGGAGCUCUUCAACUACUGGACCCUACUGGACGCACUGCCACAUCUGCGAGGCCAGACACGUCUGCUGAAUGCGCGCACGGAAUGGAUUAUAUGGUGUCAGCACAACACGCGUGUGUCCUCGCUGCGCGGCCUGCUCGAGCAGCUGCGUCGCCAGGACUCUGGGGAGCUCUCCUUCCACGGCCAUGCAUUGUACGAUUCGGAGGCCACCAUUAUACACCAUUUCUCAAACUACAAGGAUCCCCAACGGUUCCCGUACCCCAUGCUUAGCGCUGGAGUUGUUUUUACAGGUGUUCUGCUGCGAAGGCUGGCGGAACUUGUUGCUUCUAAUGCCCAAAACACUACCCUUCCCAGCGACUUCUCCAUCGACGCCUCUCAUGAACUGGCGCGUUUUAUAUACGAAAACGUUACGCCCGACCCGCAUUCCGGCACACCGGUGUCCGUGAGGAUUACUCUGAAAAGUGCCAGCUACAUUUGUCCCACCUUCGUAUCCAUGCGAACUGCAGGUACUCCAAACAGAGGUCCUCGUUGCAUGCUGCAUGCAAAGCCGGAGGAGCCGCCUGCUGGCCUGCUAUCGACUUCAGAGCACCUGAAGGAGCGUUGCGUGUACACGACCGGGUCGCACAUAUAUUUCGCAAUCAAAACCUGUGCGAAAUUCCAUAAGGAACGCAUAACAAUCAUCGAACGCACCUGGGCAGAAAACGCCCAGAACAGGAGAUACUACAGCGAUGUGGCAGACGUUGGCAUACCGACAAUCAGCACUGGGAUACCGAAUGUUCAGACUGGACAUUGUGCCAAGACAAUGGCAAUUUUACAAUUAUCCCUCAAGGAUAUCGGUGAACAAAUGGACAUACGCUGGCUCAUGCUCGUCGACGAUGACACGCUUCUUAGUGUGCCCCGAGUAAGCGCCCUACUGAGCUGCCACAACCACACGGAGUUCGUGUAUUUGGGCCAGAGGUAUGGCUACCGGCUGCGCGCCCCAGACGGCUUCAAUUACCACACGGGAGGGGCCGGCAUCCUGCUCAGUCUGCCCCUGGUGCGGCUCAUCGUGGAGCGCUGCACCUGUCCCAGUGCGAGUGCCCCCGACGACAUGAUCCUGGGCUACUGCCUCCAAGCGCUCGGCGUGGCGGCGGUGCCGGCUGCUGGCAUGCACCAGGCUCGUCCGCAGGACUACGCCGAGGAGCUGCUGCUGCUGCAGCCGCCCGUUUCCUUCCACAAGUUUUGGAACACGGACCCGGAGUACACUUACCGGCGGUGGCUUGGAGGAAGCUCGGGCAAUUCGAGUGUCCCUCUUGCGGCGUACACGCAGCGGGUCACUGCUGCUGCACUGCGUCUGCACGAGCGGCAGCCUUGCCCCGUCGUCGCCGGAUUUCUGCAGGAAACGGGGCUAGAGUCGUCUGGCAAACGUUUGGAUCUUUAA